ACAGAAGAAGUCAUCAGAAGCUCGUCUGAUCCUUCCUGCUGUGCACUGAACUAAACUUAAUGUGCUACUAACAUGGACUGACACUCUGUCUCGGUCACUUGGGCCAAUGUUCACGGUCAGGUGCAUUUGGGUAACAUCUGCAAAGAGUUUGUCCUCUCUCCCACCUUGGAGACAGCGGAUCAAGCUACAGAACAGGAUGUCGACUUUACCUCGCCCAGUGGCUGCACUGUGUCAGGUGACCGCCACCCCGGACAAAGAGGCCAACUUCUCUGCCUGCAAACAGCUGGUGGAGGAAGCCAAGGAGCGAGGGGCCAGCAUGGUCUUCCUGCCUGAGGGCUUCGACUACAUCGGAUCCAGUCGAGAGGAGACGCUGUCGCUGUCUGAGAGCCUGACAGGAGACACAAUCUCACAAUACACUCAGCUGGCCAGGAAGUUGGAAGUGUGGCUGUCUCUUGGAGGAUUUCACGAACGAGGACAUGACUGGGAGUCUGACAGACGAAUCUACAACAGUCACAUCAUAAUUAAUGAUAAAGGUGACAUCAUUUCAGUCUACAGGAAGUCCCAUUUAUUUGAUGUGGAACUGCCAGAAAAAGGCGUGUCCCUUAAAGAAAGUGCCUUCACCAUCCCUGGACCCUCCCUCGUGUCUCCGGUCCAAACUCCCAUCGGCAAGGUUGGCCUGGGCAUCUGCUAUGAUCUGAGAUUCCCUGAGCUGUCGCUGGCUCUGCAAAGGCACGGGGCCGAGAUUCUGACAUACCCAUCAGCCUUCACUGUAGCAACAGGAUCUGCUCACUGGGAGAUUUUACUUCGAGCAAGAGCAAUCGAGACCCAGUGUUUCGUCCUGGCGGCAGCGCAGGUCGGCCGGCACCACGAGAAGCGUUCAUCGUACGGCCAUUCUCUGGUGGUAGACCCAUGGGGUGAGGUGCUGGGCGACUGCGGAGGGGAGAAACCGGGCAUGGUGCUGGUGGAGAUUGACCUGGAGAAAGUCCGCAGCACCAGGAGGAACAUGCCGGUCCAACAGCACCGCAGAGACACUGGUUUCUAUCAUAGUCUGGAGAAGACUUGACAACAAGAAAAAAGUCUGUGUCACUGAAAGGCUGAACAUUGGCAACAAACUGAAAUGAUGAAAACUUUCAUUAAUAUCUUACAGGAGACAAAUUAAUGAGGUAUUGAAUUUAUGAAGGCGGACUUAGGUCAAGUUCAUAUUUCAAAAUCAUAACAGGUUUUCUCUAGUUUAGAUUUCUGAAAAACACAUCAAAUGAUUCUGAUUAAUGAGAGAUCGAAGGAGAAAUAAGCCUGUUUUAAUCAGAAACAGCAUGUAACAGUGGAAACACAGCAGGAGGAAAAAGGCAUGCAUUCUUGUCAAAUGAAGCUUUUAAUGAAUAUCAGGGAAGUGUAAACAUGGACUAGUUGAUCUGCUCUUGGUGAGAUAAAAGUAGUGUCAACUGUAGAUUAUUGGAGCUACUCAUGGUACUGUCCCCAGAGUUUCUUUUCAUCACUGCAAUAGAUAAUUUAAUUUCCAGUCAGCUCACUCACAGCUGUAUGUGUAUCCCGAUCGAGACCAAUUGAGUCUGUAAAUGUCGUACUGGUCAAUAGAUGCUACUGCCGGGGUAGUAACAAUAUAAGAAACAGGAGGGAAUGGCAAAAGCUUACAGUAAAACAUUCCUGUAUUAAAUUGAUAUGUACACAUUCACCUGUAAUUGUCCUGUGAUUAGAUUAAAGACUGUUAAAAGAUUAUAAACGCAAAUAUCUGAAAA